CUGGGGGUGGGGAGGGGGGCAAAUCAAAGACAACUAAAAGAUUUUGCAUAAAGCUCAUUUCUUUUGUGAGACGAAAGGUAAUCACGCCAAAAGUGAGUUGUUAUGCUGUAGGCUACAUCAGGGGUGGAAAUUGUAGGGAUGUGGAUGGGCAAGGAUCCCCCAGAUAAACAAUUGUUAGUUUCUAAAAGUUUUUGUCUAUGAAGUAAGGAUUUAAGUCAGUUCUGUAGUGGAAAGUAUAGAAAUGGGAAAAACCUGUUUUAGUAGAAAUGGAGUAUUUGUUACUUUACUUUAAUCAGAUAUUUGUCAGUUGAGUCCAUACCUUCAUAAUGCUCUGUCAAAAACAUUACACCAGGUGCAUGAUUACGAGGCUCAAUGGAAACGACAACUACAUGAAAAGUAGGCCUUGUACAUAAUCAGCUGUUUUUAACUUGAUGAUAUCCUAAACAAGAAUGGAAAAGGAAGAAAUAUAGGUUGUAUUUUCAUAUGUCAGCGAUGUUGCGUGGGUCUUUAUCAGGAAUUGGAAAACCCAGGAAACGGAAGUUCAACGACAGUUUCCUUACUGAAAUUACACUCGAGCCGUUGCCCGAAAUUCCAAAUGAUACGAAGGCAGUUCUUGAUCACCUAACCCAGAUGUUUCCAAGAGAAAAAUUUGCUUUCAAGCUACCACCUAUCGUGAUGAAGCACCAGCUUUAUAGUAUCUUAGAGGAUAAAACUGUUGUUGACAGGGAAUUGAACUCGCUAAGGGACAAUGGUAGCAUUCGGUUUUUUAAACUCGAUUCAGGAACGGAUGAAUUUGCAAUUAUUUACACUCAAGAUUAUGUGGACCACGUGAAAGCUUGUGCCGGUGCACGAGGUCAUGGGGAAAAUCCUCUAGUCCAGAAAUUUUUAACUUCAGUCCUGCCAGAAAUAAAAGACGUCAGUAUUCAAAAGGAAAAGACAAAGGAGGUUAUUUUAAAUGAUCAAAUGGUCACAGUGCUGGUCAAUCUAGGUGUUCUUAAUGUCAGAGAUGUUAAAAGCUGGUGGAUAUCUAUUCCUGGUAGUGCUUUGUUUAUGAAAAGUCUUUUUGCUGGGCGGAAAGCUGUUUUAUCCUUAAUAAGAAAAAGAAAAUUCAAAGAGAUUUUUGAAAUGGAGCUUGAACAACGAAAUAUCAACUAUCAUUCAAAACUUGGUAUGAAGUAUCACAUUCAUGAUUUAAUUGGGGCUGACUUACUUACCCGAGUUCCAACUACUGGUGGUGUUAUUUUGAGAUAUACGGGAGCUGAUACCAAAAGGGCUAGAACAAAGAAGGUCACAUCAAAAUCGAUUUUGUAAAUGUAGAUUAGACUAGCAAUCCAACAUUCACAGCAACACCCUUGUUGUGUUACCAGCCACAUUACCAAAAAGGAAUUAAUAGUUUUAGCCUACCUAUCCAUAGAAAAAGAAACCAAGGGUGCAGAGUAUAUACCCCAUUCUAUGUCAAAACUUUGAAACUACAAAGUCAGUCCUGAUGAAAUGUUAUGCUUGAAACAUGGUCCUUUUCUUUCAUUCAUGUACAAAUUCCCUAUUUAAUUUUAACAGAGUGCACCUUUGUAAUCUGGAGUUGUCACUUGCAAUAGGGACAUAGACAUAAUCUGUCUGAAGAUUUCAUGGACAGAACCUCAUAGACAGAAUAUUGAGCAUUAGCCAAUCAGAUAGUAGUUUUUCUAUUUGAAGAAAUAGCGCAUGGCAGGGUUCCAAAAUAUGUGUUAACACCUUGUUCAGGUGUCAUCAAGUAUUUGCUCAUAGAUAACUGUUUGCAUAAAAGCUCCAUGUGGUACCUAUACAACACAUUGAACAUGUAACAUUGAUUAUCAGUCAAUAUACCUCUGCUUUUAGGCAUUUUACUAACACACAAUACAUUUAGAGUUGGUUAACUUUUUUAAAAUAUGAAGUAAAUUAUACUAAGUGUGUUGACACUAAGAGUUUUCUGUACUAUGCUAGAGUUUGUGUUUUUGUUACUUUGUCUCUGGAAGCUAACUGUGUUUGAUGUGCUUUACUGACACAGUUUUGAUGCCAAGUUUGUAAUCCUUUCAACUGUUUAUGAUAGUUUACCUGGGCACAUUGCUUUGAUAGCUCUGUCUUGAAUUCUUUCCAUGUGUCCAUCAGCUAAUUAAGUAAAUCUAAUGUUGUUUAUCUUAACUUUUUUGUAUUGAGUUUGACUUUAAGUUUGGAAUGAAUUUCUGAAAUUGAUGCUUGUAAAGUUAUUAAUUCCUAAGUGUAAAAUGUACACAAAAAUGAUACGAAAAUUUUAGCAAUAGAAAUUCUUUUAAAAGCUCUCAAUUAGUUGUUAUCAAUGGGGCUGGAAUUUGUUGGUGAGCAAAUAUCUUAUAUUUUCAACCUCCCUAGUAUAAAACCCUAGUAAAAAAAGUAACCAUUUUUCGUGGAGGAUGAUACUUGUAUGAAUUUGACCACCAAAGGUGUUCAAGAAUUUUCUCAAACUUUGGCAGAUCAUUGAUUUUUUGUAGUUUUGCUGUCAUAUAAGCAAAUCUUAAUACAAAUGAUCUAGCAAAUUACCAAAAUGACAAAAGAGCAAGCUCUGUCAAUAACACGUCCUGUCCUUAGCAAAAGAGAGAUGCUUAUCUGAACAAAUAUCUUAUACUUUUAAGAAGUGGAUUUACAAAGUGGCAGAAAUUAAAAGCCAUGAUGUGGCGAGGUACCCUUCAACCCAAAAAGUGGCGGAUUUAAUGGGGGGCAACUAGGGGCAGUUGCCCCUCCCUCGACGAGUCUGGCGCCCCCUUUUGGAAAUUGUGCGCCCCUUUUGAAAAAUGAGAAUCAGGUGAAAAAGUUUCUGAGACCGAUAGGUUAAUUUGCUUCAACGAUUACCUCAAAGUUAUGUUGUUUAUUCUGAAAUACAGCGUACUCUCGUCACCAAUUUAUGAAAAUU